AUGGCUUAUUCGUCGCGCCAUGCUAUGGGUGCGCCACUGCAGAGUGAGGAGCGUUGCGUGAUAUGGAGCAUUCGACUGUUCAGCAUGGUCUUUCUUUUAGUCAUACAUGGCAUCGGCAAGCCGAAGACUUUGCAGACUUGCCCCACAGCAGCGAGCGUGGAUGGCUUUUGGUCAAUGCUGGUUUUCUGGACAAGCCUUUAUGUCAUGAUCGAUAUGGGUGGCUGCUUGUUCUGUGCAUGCAAACUGAGAUGGUUUGAGUGGCUUGGUCCGCGAUUAGGAUGCCUUGGGCGCACCAUAAAUGCGGUCAGUAUGGGCCUGGCAGUUUACAGUAUGGUGCUGUAUGGGCGAGCUUUCACAUAUCAUAUCCACUGCGUGGGGGUGGUGGGCGUCUUCGUCAUCAUUUGUGCGGGUACGUUUGUUCUUGGGAUGCUGGCAUGGUGGCUACUCAUCGACAGUGAUUCGCGCAGGCCACCGUCUAUUGGGGAUGGUUUGGGCGAUGAAGAGCCGCGCUGCUGUCGGUCUUGCUGCCGGGAUGUUUGUAACCUCUUCUGCGACACUGAGCCGUGGCCUGGACCGAAGGGCCGUGCAGGGCCAGACAUGGAGACGGGCUUGCCGCCCUCCCCGCACUCUGCCACGGUCGGCCAAGUGCCACCUUCGCCGUCGAGGCUGGGCCGGAGCAGCGGAAGUGGCAGUGGGGACGCUCGGUCGGUGCUCCGAGUCUUAAGUCGAUCUGGUGAAGUGCUUUACACCGCCCGGACCCGACAAGCUGUGCGGACCUGGCUGAAACGGAACCUGGACCGCGAAAAGCGCAAGGGCGCUUUGGUUGAAGACAGGCCGCGCUCGAAGCGCCGCAAGAAGCCUCCUACGCCUGGCCCGAAGGGAGGCGCGGCAGACUUUGCCCUUUUCCUGCACGAGAAGGGGCGCAGCGAGGAGUUGCUGGAUCUGUGGGCCUUGGACCUUGCCCGGGCAGCAGACUGGAACUAUUUGCACCCACCCGAAAAUGGCUCUUCGUCGUUCCCGCCGCGACGGGACACCCGCCGCCAUGUGAUGGACGACUGCUGCAAGCUCGUAAAUGGUCUGGAGGCUGCAUGGCAGGAGUACCAAGUGUCGGCAGAGGGCCUGGGCAACUUCGACGACACGCGCGAGUGGCUGCCGCACGAUUUUCCAAGUGAUACCAUCCUCGACGAAAUUCGCAACGAGCACGACGAUAGCUGCGAUGUCACCGUCAGCAAGGAGCACAACAAUUACAAUUUCUCCAUCAUGGCGAUGGUCGGAAUACAUGUGAGCGUUGUUUGUUCCGACUUGAUCACCACUUGGGCUACCAAUGCAGCUGGGGGGCGGGAGAAGUGCCGGGCGGCCUUCGAGACGCGGCUGCCAAUGCUGAGCUAUUCCGACUGUACUCGGGAUCACGUUCGCGUUUUUCCUGUGCCACCCAGUGGCUCUGCAUACAGCCCACAGACUUGCUUGGAGCACUCCUUCGAAAUAGAGGAGUUUGCCCCCAGACUCUUCGCAGAGGUCCGGCGUGCCUGCGGCAUCUCCAGUGAGUCCUACUGUAUCUCUGUCUGUCGGACGGACUUCGAGUUCAUUGAGUUUGGUACUAACUCCAAGAGUGGCGAGCUCUUUUUCUUUACGUAUGAUCAUCAGUAUCUGCUGAAGAGCACCUCGGAGCUCGAGGCGCAGACUUUGAUUCGCAUGCUGCCGCGGUACUUGCAAAGGCUGGAGGACGAGCCUCGGUCCAUCCUGGGACGAUACUUGGGCCUUUACCGUGCCCUUUGGAUGAGUUUUGGGCGACAGAAGCCAAAGCAGCUUGGAGCCAUGAAGAAUUGCCUGGUGCAUGUGCAGCGGCUUUCUGGAGAGAUGACGGAGCACGCGUUCCACCCCUCCACGAGCAUUGCAGAGGUGCUGGCCGUUUGUGCGCCCAGGGAUGCACACGCAAUGCAGGGCCUUCCUGACCUUCCCGGCACAUCACAUCUGGCCAAGCGUUCGCUGCUUCUGGAAGGUCGCGUCUUGGGCUCUUGGGAGGUGCUUGGGGAGUUGGUGCAUCGAAAUCCUACGCGCUCGCCCGGCUCGCCCCUCUCGCUGCAGCUGAUUUGCCAAACCCGGCAGCUGGAGCGCGCAGAUGUGCGAGGCAGCCUAGGUCCAGGCCAAGGCCAGACCUUGAGGGACCGCAGGGCUUUGCGGAUCGCAGUUGUUGGCGCCUCAGGUGUCGGAAAGUCGUCCUUGGUUCGCUGUUGCGGUGAUCCUCUGAUGGAGUGGCUGGACUCCUGGGAUCUGGCACGGCUGUGCUUUCUCGUCGAUAAGGAGGCUUUUGUUCCUGCUUGGAUGUCCGUGGAAGCCGUGGGCAUCUGUUGGGCUGAAGUGCUCGCAGAUAUAGUGGUGGUUCUAUUCGACCUGACAGAUGCAGACUCGUUCCAGCACGCUUGCUUGCAAUUGUCUGGGCUUGGGAAGAUGCCUCGCGUGAAAACCCGUAUCCUUCUUGGAAACAAGAUGGACCUGGACUCGGAACGACAGGUUUCUCAACAGAAUGCACAGGUCAUUGCAGCCAGAGAGGGGCUGAGAUAUUUUGAAAUAUCAGCCCUGCAUGGCCUUGGUGUCGAGGACGCCCUUCGCUAUGCAGUCCUCGAUGCUUGGGUCCAAAUCGAGAGGUGGAUUGCACGGUCCUGUUGGAGCCUGCGCCAACUCGGUUGGCUAGUGGGCUUCUCGAUCGAGAGGUCGCUUCAGUCUGAUGCAGUCAGCAUGGAGGGACAUCCGUCUCGUUUGUUUUUCGUAAUGCGGUCCGUGACGACGCAUACGCUUGGAAUCUCGCACACGUACGACAUCAAGGGGAGCACCCGAAAUCGCAUCUCAGAUCCUGAAGACCACGUCGGCAAGGACGUGAACUUCGAUGAGGAAAUGGGGACUUCCCUAAACCUUCCAGAAGCGAUUGCAGCGGAGGUUGCAACCGUUCACCAGACCGACGUUGAGUUGCUCCAGGACUUUCGCAUCAUGGAUUUUUCCUUGCUUCUACAGAUCCAUGACAGAACAGAUGGAGUGUUCGAGCAGAAGCGUCACGAGUGCGCAGUCAGGCUACGGGAGAUGAAGGAAAGGCAGAGGUUUUCGUUUCGCCGCAUCCCGUCACGACGAACUCGAGCUCUGCCCGCCAGCAUGAUCGGGAGCGCAGCCCAUACCAGGACAGAGGGGCUCAGCCAUGGCCCGGAGGUCCAUGUCCGCAUGGGCGAGCCCCGACGAACAUGGACGUGGCAAGGCACUGUCUCGCAGCUUUUCAGAAACGACGCGGCGCCGUCAAUCACGCCUGCUCCGAACAACUGGCUGCCGAGCGACGGCACCCUGGUGCGGCGAGAUGGCUCCAUGGUGUACACGAUGGGUCUCAUAGACAUGCUCGUGCCAUUCAGUGCGUAUCCAAAGAUGCAAUACGUGGGCAUGGAAGUCAUAACCUGCGGAAAUGGUUUUGCGAGCAGUCGUGUGCCUCCAGACUUCUACUGCGAGAGGCAAAUCGAGAAGGUGCACGGAAUCUGCGAUCAGGUGAAGCCAAACCAGCCGGCAAG